AUUAACUUGAACUGGACCCACGACCUUGAUGGCUAAGAAGCGGCAGACAACACAGGCAGCACAGACAACGCCCGUACAGAAGCCUUUAGUCGAGAUAUCCGAAGACGAACAGUGGCGCUUGAUAGAACAAACUGGUGUUCUCAGGAAGAUAUCUGACACACAAAAACCUAGGGAGACUAGUACGGACAAUGUCGAACCACUCCCACUUGUUGACGAGAUCUUCAACGCGGUCGCAUACAUUAUACCGUUGACUUCCUUUCUCAUCUUGAUGGAUAUCCUCAUACAUCUGCAGUAUGCAAAGCGGCCAACCGCUGGUGAGAUUGCUGGACGGCUUGUCACAAACUUCCCUAUUUUGUCGAUAUUUGUGUUCUACACCAUGCGACACAAGGCUAACCCUCGCAUGCAACUUGCUCUGUCCAUACUCUCCCUCUGUGCGGGGCCCAGAAUGAUAUGGCUUAUCAAUCGUGGAUCAUGGCUCGUCAAUAUGCGACAGUGUCCGCAAUUCGCAACAAUAUGGCUGUAUACAGUUAUACAGUUGAACGUGAAUUGGGCACUUCUCACCACAGUGAUGAUAGGAGCUUGGGCAUGGUUCACAGGAAUGAAACUUGUUCCAUGAUUCUGUUUCACAUCGAUGGACCGCACGAACCAUGGCAAUUGCGCGAAUAGAUACAGUAAUCAGCAGACAGAUUCCCUUAGAUAGUUUUCCAUAGUUCAACAUGAUUAAUAUU